CCUGGCAGGUUCUAACUUGGAACCAGUGAUAGUUGGCUCAUUCAUUGCUCUGGUAAUUUCUCUCUUUUCUACUUCAUAUUACACGUUUACCAUGGAAGUAGGGACUACUUGGGCAACUAAGAUCAAACACCACCGACUUCCUAUGGUGUGCGAUGGUAGUCCAGCGUAAGCAACCUCUUGCAAGCCGUACCAUGGUGGUUUUGAAGCUAAUGGAAUCUAAGAAUUGUCAUUUCUCUCUUCUGGCUUGGUCAGACUCAGCAUUAUCAGAAAUUUCGGGGUUAUUGGUUGGUAACAGUUAUUGGUUGCUCAUUAUGGAGUUGCUGAAGUAUAUAACGGACGCAUACAGGCAAUUUACUGCCUUGGUACACGCGGCUGCAAGCACAGUCAGGCCGAUCACCGCUGUUUGUCUGCCCCUGGCUGGCAGCCCCAUGUAUGGGAAACCGGGAAUCCAUUGGGCAUGCUGACUAUUACUGUCCCAUGCACCUGGGGCGAGAAGAUCUCCGUAC